UUUUAAAUGUGAUUUUUAGGCACAUACACAAGCUCAAGAGAAGGAGAGAGCGGUCAACAAGAUGAUAGCGGGUAACGUUGCUAUUGGGAGAAUGGAAGAGAAACUUAAGAUGUAUAAACUGAGAGCUGGUAAUAAAAUGGAUGACAUCAUGGGACGAAUGAAAGACCAAGAUGAGCUUCAUACGUCAAGAUUGAGCCAGUAUGAGAGAGAAAUGAAACAUCUUAGUCAGCUUGUCAGAGAAAAGCAAGAUGCGUUAGACGCAGUAGCUGCUGAUAAACAGAAAGUUGAGGAACAGUUGGAGGUUGUAUGGCAGAGUGCUACAGAAGACAAUAAGAGAUUAAAGGCACGACUUGCGAAGUCAAUGAGAUCAUCAUCCGCCGCAGACUCCAGUCACAUGCCCUUUGGAUCAGAUUCGGACAAUAGAGGGCUCCUGUCAUCAGAGAGUGACUGAACAGUUUAUACUCAAGCAGACAGUAUACUUCUCACAUGGUCUCAUACCACAUUAAGCCCAUUUGGUCUACUAUCAAUUUAGACUAAUUAUCAUUUGGUCUACACUACACUUGGUCUAAUACCCAAAUAGUCUAAUUCUCAGGUCGUCUGAUGCACAGAUGACUUAAUUUACUAAGUAUUUUGCACGUUUUCCAAGGAAAUCUUUUCAUAACCAGAUCAUUUAACCAUUUAGAUUAGAUGGUUUUAGAUCAAGAGGAUAUAAGAUGAAAUGGCCCACCUGGAAAUUAGACAAAAAUUGUUAUUGGGCUAAACGGUAAUUAGCCCAAAUGGCUAGUUAGACCAUGUGAAUUGAGGCCAUAUUGAAAGUAGACAAAUCAGCAAUUUACCAUACUGAUUAAACAAAUUGGCCUGUAUUAACCAUGGUACAAAACUGUGGACUACAGUUACAUGUAUAUGCAGAUAUGCAGUACAAUUGAAACCGCUUUUGAGAAUACAGGCUAUAGAGCUCAGAGGUCAUCCCCAUGGCUACAUGCUGUAAUCUGUUUCAAGUAGCCUGAAUGUCUGUGAUAACAGUGGUUGUAAAAUAUACAGGACACUGGCUCUACGCCACUGAUACACAGUGCCUGGUUUAAAGAUUACUUUGUUUAGAACCAUUGCCAUGACAACCAUAAGACUGUAUAGGCUCAUCAUUUUGAUUCUCUAUUGGCUUUCAAACUCAGGAUUACUUUAAAUGAAUAAGUAAAGAACCAAUUAAAGAAAGAUGUUCUUCCCUAGAGUACAGUAUAUGAAUUUUCCAUAUUGAAUUAUGAAAGAGUCAGGUUUCCUGGCCAUGCAGAAAAAUGAAUGAAAUGCCAGGGCUGGUGUUGAAGUCAGUACUGUCAAUGAUGAAAAGUUAGGAUUGGCUAUGAAAAGGAGCAGACAGGAAUCCUGCUGUAAAGACUCGGCUCCGACUUUUAGAAAGGUACGGUACGGUACCUAAUUACAGUACUGAUAAUAUGAAAUUAAGUGACUUUAGGAAGUCAUGAAUCAAACUUUGAUUCUUUACAAUGACUUUGCAAAGUAAGCAAGAAUUUGGAAAUACAUUGGAAUGUGUGAAAAAUUCUUAGGUGUAAGAAUGAUCUUUUACUUUUCAAUUAUCAUUGCAAUAUCAAAAUCAGGGUGAUUUUGCUGAUUAAUUUGAAUAAAUAUAUAUAUAUAAGUACAUGUAUAUCUGAAUUAUAUGCUUUUGUUUGCUUAGCUUGCCACAUUUUGAAUUUUCAUUUGUAUUCUAAAAGAGAAUGUCAAAUUAGUGAAAUUAGUGACUAUCUUAUGUUAAAUUACACUUCUAUCUAUGUAUUGUAUUCUGUAGUGUUAAUGUUGAAUAUGGUUUAGAGGAUUCUGAUUCCUCAAUCGGUGAACUUCUUUCAGUGCUAGUUCUAAAGAAUUUUGUACUUAAUUCUGAUAUCUUGUCAUAUUAAAGAAAAAGGAUGACUGGGGUAUAAAAAAAAUAAACACAUUUAAGUUGCAUGAUUGAAGAAAAAAAAACUACUGGUACUUUUAUUUGUAAAGGAGUAUACAUAUACCAAAGAAAAUCAUAGUAGUGCGCACAAUCACCUUGAAUCAAUCUAUGUAUGCAUCUCAGUUUUCUUGAAGAACUGCCUUAGUUUUAGUUGGAUCACCCUGUAUAUCUUGAGAAAAUUUCUUGGCUUUGUGUCUUCUUUUCAUCAUAAUAUACAUUAUCUUAUGUUAAAUUAACUUCUAUCUAUGUAUUGUAUUCUGAAGUGUUAAUGUUGAAUAUAGUGUAAUGUACUAAUUAUCCAUCUGUUCAAAGACACAUUCCUUUUAACUUUGAAUACUACAUUACCUUAGAUUUUGUUGCAUCACCCUGUACAUCAUGGAAAAAUAUAUUCUUGUCAUUAGAUUAUAUUACAUGAUGUAUGUAUGUGAAAUUAUCUGUUCAAUGACUCAUUUCUCCUACCCUUGAUCUAUCUUUGAAUACUGCAAUGCCUUAGAUUUUAUUGGAUCACCCUGUACAUCUUAGAAAUAUUUCUCAGCAUUGCAAUUCUAUGUCAUUGUAUGUUUCUCUGUAAUGUAUAAAUUAUCCAUCUGUUCAAUGACACAUUCCUUCUAACCUUGAUCUAUAUAUAAGCACCUUGAUUGAUUCACACUUACUUUAAAGUGUACCUUGUUUUAUAUCAAUUUUUUUUAAACAUUUGAUGGAAAGUCAGAUUGAGGCAUAUAAUCAUUUUACUUAAGGCCUAAUUUCACAAAUGAUGUUUAACUUAACCUCUCUCCUGGGAGGGAGUUUUUUUUUAGACACAAUGUUUGAUGUGAUUACAUUAUUGUGGUACUUGUAGGUGUAUUUAUUUGGACUUAUGCUAAUAGUGCACUUGAAAAACUUGUUGGGUUUAGACUGGCUGGUUUUAGACCUGUCAGACCACUCUUCUAUGAAUUUAGGACAAAUGGUUUUGUUACUUAUUGGGGCAAUGAAGAUUGUUAAAAUUUUCUGCUCAAAUAUUCAAGUCAUUCAAAGGUCCCCCUUUCAUUUGUUAUUAAAAUGAACAUUUCUUUUAUUACUCGACUGUAAAAUGAGUAUGCUGGUGUAAUUUCAUUACAACAUGGUGAAACCCCAAUUUUGCUAUCAGAAAAAUGAUGCUAGUCCUUUUAUUCUAGAUGAGCUGCUGGUAGGGUUUGUUAGUGCCAUUUCAUAUCAAGCAUAAUUCGUAUUAAAGUGAACAUUUUUAUAUUAUUAUUACUCAACAGCAAGUAUGUUGGUCUAAUUUUGCAAUUCCAAGAGAUUUCUUCUUUCUUCUACGCAAAACCAGCGGGCAUAUAUUCAUCAGUCAAUUUGGUAAACAACAAUUUGGUAUUUCUGAAAUUCUUCAUUUCGAAAUUGGUGUUCCGCUGUAUUUUUCCUUAAUACAGUUGCAUUUUAUGCACAUAGACAUCAAGUGGGGACUUCCGAUGAUCCGAUAGUAAAUAUUAGUGUGCUAAUUUCUUUAUUUGGUUAUGGAAAAUUUUCGAUUAUUAUAAAUACUUAUAUAUGUAUGGUUAUUUUAAGGUCAUUUUCUACUCUGUUUGUCAUAUCAGAAGCCUGGUGCUGAAAUAAAACUUGUACCUGAUGUACACUUAUAGACAG